UGCCUCUGAGUACAGCGGCUUCCCAAGGAGCCGGCGGGACUUCUCCUCCGGAUCCCUGCCCGGCAGAGCUGCAGGGAGGGCGGCCGGAGCCCCUUCCGUCUGGAGAGCUGGGUCCCUCCCUGGCUGGCAGCCUUCUCCUCCCAAGAGUCAGCAGACUAGAGAGCAGCAGCAGCAGCAGCAGCAGCAGCAGAAGGGCCCUACUCCCGGGAGCCCCCCCUCCGACCACCUCGUCUGGCUUUCAGGGGGCCCCUGCUGCCCGCCAUGACCCCCCGGCCAGCCGUGCUCUUCUUCCUGCUCCUGCUGGCGGCGUGCCCCCCGGCCCUGGGCCCCCCCAGUGGCGUGGCGGCCGUGGCGGCCCUGUCCACUUGCCAGAGCCUGGACCUGGAGGUGGCCCGGGCCCGGCGGGUCCAGGCUGUGCGGGGCCAAAUCCUCAGCAAGCUGCAGCUGUUGACGCCACCCGAGGAGGAGGGAGGGGCGCCCGGCCAGCCGCCCCCCGAAGUGAUGCUGCUCUACAACAGCACCCGCGAGCUGGCCCAGGAGAGGGCGGCCUGCGGGGGGCGCGGCGGCGGAGGCAGCAGCGAGGAAGAGGAGUACUACGCCAAGGAAGUCCGGCGGGUGGACCUCUUGCCCCCUGGGCAGGCCGACAACGACAUCCUCGCCGCCGCCACCCCGCCAACAAGCAGCUUCUUCCGCCUCCUGCGCUUUGACCUCUCCGGAGCCGAGGCCAACCUCAGCCGCCUGGUGCAGGCCGAGCUGCGCGUCUUCCGCGUCCCCAACCCGCGGGCGCGAGCCGCCGAGCAGCGCGUGGAGCUGCAUCAGAUAGUCCGGGCACGGGAGCCCUCAGCGCCAACCCAGCGUUAUGUGGAGAGCCGGAUGCUGCACCCGACUGAUCGGGCUGAGUGGGUGUCAUUUGAUGUCACUGAUACUGUCAGCCAGUGGCUGGAUAAAAGAGGUGGCAGCAUCUUUUUGCUUCUUGUCUGCCUGCCCAAAGCUGGGAUUCUUCCUUUUCCCUCCCCAGAGAAAAACCUGGGCCUGAAGCUGGGGGUGUCCUGCCCUUGCUGUAGUUACGUCCCAGCAGGAAACACGAUCAACCCCAACCACAGCGAGGAGCUGGAGGUUCGCUUUGCAGGUCUAGAUGACGAUCUCAUCAAAGAGGCCUGGAAGGGGCGGGCACGGCCCCCGGACCUCAGCGGCAAAGCGCCCCACCUGAUCCUGACGCUGCUGCCCCCACACCGCCUGGAGUCCUCUCCGAAGGGCCGGCGCCGUCGGGCGGCCAACACCCCCAGCUGCGCCAGGAGUACAGACCAGGGCUGCUGCCUCCACACCUUGUACAUCGACUUCCGCAAGGAUCUGAAAUGGAAAUGGAUCCACAAGCCGAAAGGUUACAAGGCCAAUUUCUGCGCCGGAAGCUGCCGCUAUGUUUGGAGUACGGACACGCAGUACAACGUGGUCCUCCCCUUGUUCAACAAGCUGAACCCGGAGGCCUCGGCGGCCCCUUGUUGCGUCCCCCACGAGCUGGACCCCCUCACCAUCCUCUACUAUGUCGGCCGGUCGCCCAAAGUGCAGCAGCUCAGCAACAUGGUCGUGAAAUCCUGCCGUUGCCGCUGAGGGCGGGCCUGCCCCACGGACGCUGGGUGGGCUGGAACAGUGGGGGGUCAAUAUCCUGAAGUGGGGGGCCCCCGCCUCUCCCAGGGCCGCUGGAAAAGGCCCCAUGCUCUGAAAAUGUUGCACCCACACCAGCACGAGGCCCCGCCCUUUAUUCUAGCCCCACCCACUGGCGUGAGGCCCCUCCUCCUGCCGAGGCUCCACCCACCACUGAGAGACACGCCCGCCCCCUCUGGUUUCCUCCGUUCAUUCACAGAGGUCCACCCAAGAUACUUUUGAGCGUGACAGGCAGAAUCUCGGCUCGCUGGGAUUUGGUUCCCCUUCACCCAGCCUUGGGAGUCGGGACUCCGUCUCUGAAGGACGAUGCACACUCAGCCCCAAAUCUGCUUGCCUGCCUCCUCGAGCGCCUCUCAGCACAUGCUCAGAGGAGCCCUCUCCGUUGUGAUUCUGUCAGACAUCCCGCCCUCAUUCGGGGCACAGAAGAGACCCGUCUGGGGGCCGCUCUGAGCCCGUCGCCAGUUUCUUGGGAGGAAACCCCACCACAGCAGGCCCCGGGAUCUCGCCCCCAGCCAGGCAAGCAGAGGCCUCCCAAAGGGCUUGGCACGGGGGCCAUGAGUGCAAACAGUGGGGCAGGCGCAGAGGCGGCCGGCUGGGGGACAAAGGAGCCCUUGACAGGGAGGGGGGAGAAAGCCGGCUGGGGGCUGAAGUGUCCAGUGCAGAGAGGAGGGAGAGAUAGGAAGGCAGGCAGACCGGAGAGGCUGGAGGCCCCAGCUGGGCUCCUGGUAAAUAUUUGAGAGCGGAGCUCUGUGGUUUGGGCGCGGAGGGCAAACAUGCCAGGCCUGGAGAGGCGGCCAAGGACGGCCCACUGCCCCCCCCCACCCACCGGCUGCAGAACCCCCCAGUCUAAGAAGUUCCAGGACAGGCCACAGAUUUGGGGAGAAGGAAGGGGUGGGGGCGUUUCUCUUUGAAUGGCCAAGUUGGGCUGGGAAGGAAGCCAAUCAGUGGUGUUGGGCCAGUCCAUUAAAGGAUCUGCUUGCGCAG